GUUCGCUCUCGUGUACGUGCUGUUUAGCGCAACAGUGGCCGUGCGGGAAAACACGGUACACACGUAUACGCGGUGUUCUGUUAUAUAAAUAAUAUGAAACGGAGGUGAAUUUUUCCGUAUACGGAUGUUGCGGACAGCUCUACUCUUUGGACAAUCCCAGCCAUGAUAUCAAUAUAAAGAUAUCUUUUUUUUUUAAACAGCCUGUCAUCAGUCGGUUCAGAUUCCCCCCACAAUGAGACUGUACGCAUUUCUUCUGAAGGACCAUUUACCAAAAAUAGAAUAUUAUUCAAGGUUUUCACCAUCGCCCCUGUCAAUCAAACAGUUUCUGGAAUUCGGUAGGGAUAAUGCAUGUGAGAAGACGUCUUACAUGUUCCUGCGGAAGGAGCUGCCAGUGCGUCUGGCUAACACUAUGAGAGAGGUCAAUCUGCUGCCAGACAGGCUCCUCAGUCAACCUUCAGUCAAACUGGUGCAGAAAUGGUACAUGCAAAGUUUUUUCGAACUUCUAGAGUUUGAAAACAGGAAACCAGAAGACCCACAUGCCCUGAAUGACUUUCUGGAGACUCUUAUUGAGAUCAGGAAUAGGCACAAUGAUGUGGUCCCGACUAUGGCCCAGGGUGUGAUCGAAUAUAAAGAGAAGUUUGGUUUCGAUCCAUUUGUCAGCUCCAACAUCCAGUACUUUUUGGACCGCUUCUACACCAACCGAAUCUCCUUUCGCAUGCUCAUCAACCAGCACACUCUCCUUUUUGGCAAUGACAUCAACCCAGCCCAUCCGAAACACAUUGGCAGUAUUGAUCCCAGCUGCAGUGUUGCUGAGGUGGUGACUGAUGCAUAUGAGACCGCCAAGAUGGUGUGUGAGCAAUAUUAUUCAGCUGCCCCGGAACUCAAGAUAGAGGAAUUCAAUGCAAAGGCUCCUCAAAAACCCAUCCAGGCUGUGUACGUUCCCUCACACCUUUUCCACAUGCUGUUUGAACUGUUUAAGAACGCAAUGAGGGCCACCAAUGAACUCCACGAGGGGAGUAAGGAGGGCCUUCCUCUUAUAAAAGCAAAAGUGACCCUGGGGAAAGAAGAUCUCUCUGUGAAGAUCAGUGACAUGGGAGGGGGCGUGGCUUUACGGAAGAUUGACAGGCUGUUCAACUACACCUACUCGACUGCACCAACACCCAGUUUGGAUUUGAAACGAGUGCCAUUGGCUGGAUUUGGACAUGGUUUGCCGAUCUCCAGACUGUACGCCCGCUACUUUCAAGGGGACCUGAAACUGUACUCGAUGGAAGGUGUAGGGACCGAUGCCGUCAUCUACUUGAAGGCUCUCUCCAGCGAAUCAUUUGAGCGUCUGCCCGUCUUUAACAAAUCUGCUUGGCGACACUAUCAAGGAGGCCCAGGAGCGGAUGACUGGAGCAACCCGAGCAAAGAGCCAAGAGAUGCUUCAAAAUACAAGGCCAAAAGAUAAUCGCACUCGUCCCAUCCAUGUUCCACUGCACCCGUUACAGACAUACUAUCUUUAGUCUAGCUUCAGUUGCCAUGGUAACAUCACAUUGAUGCUGAGUGUUCUAUACUUGUUAGCAUUUCCAGAGCAAAAGAGCUGGUGAUGUAAGUUUAAAUUAAGUCUCUGUUUCCUCCUUUGUGCAGCUACGGAUGUAAGAUACAGAACCUCUUUUUAGUGUCUUCCAUUGGAGCCAGAGGAAAAAGUGAACGUUUGUGGCCGGGGAGUCAGAUACUUUGGUUCUUUUUUAAUUGUGCCACUCAGUAGCCUCCCUGUUGCAUUUUUUAAAACAGUCAGUGAAGGAUGCCUGGAGUUUGAGAUGGUGAAAACAAAGAGCACUUCUUGUUUUUUUUUCCUCUUUC